AUGACGACUGGCAGGAGGUCCGAUCAACAGCCUACCGACGCCGACUGGCAGGAGGUCCGAUCGAAGGAGGCCCGCAAACAUCUUCACACGCUGUUCGUGGGUAACAUCACGUUCGACACAUCGGUGGAGGAUAUUCACAGGAUUUUUGGAAGGUAUGGCAAGAUAGUAGAUGUUUUUAUCCCUUCAAACCCUGGGUUGAGAAGAUCGAAGGGAUACGGAUUCAUAAGAUUCAUGUAUGAAUCAGAUGCCAAAGCAGCUCUUGACAUUUUAGACGGCAGAAGGGUGGAUGGCAGGAUAAUCACUGUUCAGAUAGCAAAGUCAUGGCGACAAUCGGACUCAGAAAGGCACCCCAACCUGCCUAAUCACAACCCAGCAGCUCCAAUUCCCAUCACCCAAAACAGAAGAGACGGGAGGAAGUAUUCCACUGUUGUUGUUAGUGGAGGAGAACACACCUGCCCAGAGGAUGUUCGUCAAAAUGUUGCAGUGGGUGCCCAGCGAAAUGCCAACAUCACUCUUGGAUCAGCAAGAGCAAAAGAAGGGAACAUUGCCCUUCCAAUCCCUGCCACCCCUGUUACUUCUCAACAGAUGGAAAUCAAUGGAGGCAGAUCAGGUGUUUGUGUAAAUGCCACUCCCAACUGGCUUGUGAUUGCAGACAACGUAGGUGUGGAGAAAAAGCAGAGGGAGCUCAAACUCACUUUGGUAGCCCAAGCUAUUAAUUUAGAUGUCCAGAUCUUGCACCUCAAAUAG